CUCAUUGGCCAGCGGUGUGGCAGGGGUGGAGCGCACCAUGCUUGUCCACGUGGUCCCCACGUGAAGGAACCCGCCCUGCGCGUGUGAAAGGGCGAGAGCAGCGCGAGAUAGGGCCCAGAGCCUCAGAUCUUUGUUGGCGACCAUGGCUUCGGCUUCUCAAGGCGCUGACGACGGCAGCCGCAGGAAACCCCGCCUGGCUGCCUCGUUGCAGAUCAGCCCCGAGCCCCGCCCCUGGCGACCACUACCCCCUCAGGCCCAAGGUGCCUGGGAGCCCGCGCCCGCGAUGGACCACGCGGAGGGCGGGCAGCCCCAGGUCUCGGUGUUGAGGGACAGUGGGCCUGGGGCAGGGGCCGGAGUCGGGGAACUGGGGGCAGCCCAGGCGUGGGAAGACUUGGGGGAACAGAUGGGGAGGACCCCGAGGGUCCCUGUGCCCCCCGCAGGGCUGAGCCUGCCGCUCAAAGACCCACCUGCCAGCCAGGCCGUGUCCUUGCUCACGGAGUACGCGGCCAGCCUGGGCAUCAUCCUGCUCUUCCGGGAGGACCAGCAACCAGAAAAGGUGUUCAAAUACAGGGCCACUGGAGGAGAGGAAAUAAAAUCAAUGUGUGUGUGGCAGGUGGAAGUGCUUGGUGGCUUCCUCCUGAGAACAGGGUGGCGUGGGCUCUGGAGAGGGGACCUGGAUAUGGGUCCUGACACAACUUGGGCAAACUGCCUGCCCUUUCUGCUCAUCUGUGAAAUGGAGUCACGCAUCCCUGUUGUAGAGGAGUUGGGUCCCUGCUUCCCCUUCUCUGUGAGCGCGGAACUGGAUGGGGUGGUCUGCCCUGCGGGCACUGCAAACAGCAAGACAGAGGCUAAACAGCAGGCAGCGCUCUCUGCCCUCUGCUACAUCCGGAGUCAGCUGGAGAGCCCAGAGUCCCCCCAGACCUCCAGCCGGCCUCCACCGCCCCCCCUGAGCGUAGACAGCAUCCUGACCCAUGGGCAGCGCUGCGCAGCCUUGGUGAGCGCCGGCUUUGACCUCCUGUUGGACGAGCGCUCGCCAUACUGGGCCUGUAAGGGGACUGUGGCUGGAGUCAUCCUGGAGAGGGAGAUCCCGGGUGCCAGGGGCCAUGUGAAGGAGAUCUACAAGCUGGUGGCCCUGGGCACCGGCAGCAGCUGCUGUGCCGGCUGGCUGGAGUUCUCGGGCCAGCAGCUCCAUGACUGCCAUGGCCUGGUCAUCGCCCGCAGGGCUCUGCUGAGGUUCUUGUUCCGGCAGCUCCUGCUGGCCACACAGGGGGGCGCCAAGGGCAAGGAGCAGUCCGUGCUGGCCCCCCAGCCAGGGCCCGGACCCCCAUUCACCCUCAAGCCCCGCGUCUUCCUGCACCUCUACAUCAGCAACACCCCCAAGGGCGCGGCCCGUGACAUCUACCUGCCCCCCACCUCAGAAGGCGGCCUCCCGCACAGCCCGCCCAUGCGCCUGCAGGCCCACGUGCUCGGGCAGCUGAAGCCUGUGUGCUACGUGGCGCCCUCACUGUGUGACACCCACGUGGGCUGCCUCUCAGCCAGUGACAAGCUGGCACGCUGGGCCGUGCUGGGGCUGGGUGGUGCCCUGCUGGCCCACCUGGUGUCUCCACUCUACAGCACCAGCCUCAUCCUGGCUGACUCAUGCCACGACCCUCCGACUCUGAGCAGGGCCAUCCACACCCGGCCCUGCCUGGACAGUGUCCUGGGGCCAUGCCUGCCACCUCCCUACGUCCGGACCGCCCUGCACCUGUUUUCAGGGCCCCCAGUGGCCCCCUCUGAACCUACCCCUGACACCUGUCAUGGCCUGAGCCUCAACUGGAGCCUGGGGGACCCUGGCAUCGAGGUUGUGGAUGUGGCCACUGGGCGCGUGAAGGCCAAUGCUGCCCUGGGGCCUCCCUCCCGUCUCUGCAAGGCAUCCUUUCUCCGGGCGUUUCACCAGGUGGCCAGGGCUGUGGGGAAGCCCUACCUCCUGGCCUUGAAGACCUACGAGGCUGCCAAGGCUGGGCCCUACCAGGAGGCUCGCCGGCAGCUCUCUCUCCUCCUGGACCAGCAGGGCCUGGGGGCUUGGCCCUCGAAGCCACUGGUGGGCAAAUUCAGAAACUGAAGCCGGCCUCGGCGGGCCCAAGGUCCCGGAGCCAAGCUGUACCCCUGCUGGGGGAGUGCCCUGUCUGAGGAGGGUUGUGGGGGAGAACGUGGGUUGUGCAGGGUGAAACUGGGGCUGGAGGGAAGGAGGAGCCUGCUGUGGUUGGGACGCUGCUGCUGCACAUUUGGGCUUGAAUAAAGAAGUAUUUCUGGUGA